AUGCCUUGGAAGAAGAUCCCCGGUGGCCUUGCACGAAUCUCUGCUGGAUCGGUCACCAAUGUCUGGGGAGUCAACGCUGGCGGCAACGUUUAUCGUUACACCGGCGAUGACAGUAACCCGUGGGUCCAGAUCCCUGGUUCCCUAACCGACAUUGGAGCGGCUGCCGAUGGCACGGUUUGGGGGGUCAACGCCGGCGGCGACAUCUACCGCUACACCUGGGGUUCCAACCACUGGACCAAAAUCUCCGGUGCUCUCAAACGAAUCUCUGCUGGAUCGCGCACCAACGUCUGGGGAGUCAACGCUGGCGGAAACAUCUAUCGUUACACGGGCGACGACAGCAACCCCUGGGUUCAGAUCCCCGGUGCACUGACCGACAUUGGCGCGGGUGCCGAUGGCACAGUCUGGGGGGUCAACUCUGCUGGCAAUAUCUAUCGCUACACGGGCGACCAAGGCGAUCCCAAUCACUGGGUCAAAAUCGACGGUGGCCUCACUGCGAUCUCCGCCGGGGUGAAAACCAACGUCUGGGGGGUCAACAGCGGAGGGAACAUCUACACGAUCACGGGCGAUGAUAGUAAGCCCUGGGCUCAUAUCGCUGGUGGCUUGGUUGAUAUUGGAGCGGGAGCCGAUGGCGUGGUUUGGGGAGUCAACUCGGCUGGAAAUGUUUACCGUUGGAUUCGUGACUAG